GCAAAUCAUGGCUUACAGUGAGGCAGCAGCAGCAGCGAUGGCUCACAGCUUCACUCAGGAGUAUUUUCAGAUCCCCGUGGUGACCCGAGCCUACACGACCGCCUGCGUGCUCACCACCGCUGCUGUGCAACUUGAGGUCAUCACCCCCUUCCAGCUCUACUUUAACCCAGACCUCAUCAUCAGAAGAUACCAGAUAUGGCGCUUGAUAACCAGCUUCCUCUUCUUUGGUUCUCUUGGAUUCAGUUUCAUGUUCAACAUUAUCUUUCUUUAUCGGUACUGUCGGAUGCUGGAGGAAGGCUGUUUCCGGGGAAGGACAGCGGAUUUUGUUUUCAUGUUCUUGUUUGGAGGAAUCGUGAUGACUCUCUUUGGUCUGUUCGCCAACAUCUUCUUCCUGGGCCAGGCCUUCAUCAUCAUGCUGGUGUACGUGUGGAGUAGAAGACAUCCGCUCGUACGCAUGAACUUCUUCGGCCUGCUGAACUUCCAGGCUCCGUUCCUCCCCUGGGUGCUCAUGGGCUUCUCACUGCUGCUCGGAAACUCCAUCGUGGUCGACCUCUUAGGUAUCAGUGUCGGCCACAUGUACUACUUCCUAGAAGACGUGUUUCCAAACCAGCCCGGAGGAAGAAAGCUGCUGAUGACACCAGAUCUUCUGCGCGCCAUGUUUGACCGGCCGCAGGAUCCAGACCACCGCCCCCUCCAAGAAGAGCAGCAGGGUGGAGAUCCGCAGCAGGAUGAUGAGCCAAACAACUAACACAAUCCCAAAAAUGUGGAUGAAUCAGAUGACACAGAAAGACAGUCAGAAGAUGUGGAGCCCUGAGUUCUUGCAGAGGAAAGUUCAGACAUAUAAACCCUGUCAGCAUCAUAAAUAUUCAAUGCUAUACGCCCAAAAAAGCAAGACUCAACUCUCUACUAAGACUACGCUGCAGAUGAUUUGGGACAGAAAGCAUCAUUUAAAAUAAGCAAUUGGAACUUACCCCAAAAUUGAAAGGAUUAUGGGUGGAAGGAGUACAAAGCAGAAGAAACGUAUAAAAAGGUACCCUGUGGAGCUCUAGUUCACACUGCUGAGCAGGGCCACUGUGAGAGGUUGAGAGCCUGGGAAUUAGUACGUAGUGAAAAGGCCUAAAGUAACCCAU